AUGGAUUCGUGGCGCUGGCGAUCUACUGCAUUCGCGCACGGAGUCCAUGAGCUGGACCAGCGCUGCAAUACUGUCAAAUGUUUCCCAGAUUCACCGGUUUCCCACCAGCGCCCUCUAUAUUUAGUGUGCAAGAAACACUUCCCUAAAAGGGAAAGGAGGAAAAUGGAAAAAGUUGUUAAUUUAGCAAAUCGGGCACGGAGGUCGCUGGAUGGUUUGUCGACAAGGCGGCUACUAAUAAUCAUACUUGUUACCCUUGCUAUUCUGAUAUACAUCGGUCCAUUGUUAUUUCGACGGAUGCACAAUUCAAUCAAGCCAUAUUCAAAUGAUGCCUUGACGUUGUGCCUCCAAGCAAAGAUUCGAAACUUUCAAGAUGACUUGGAUUCACUCGAUGCCGUUAUAAUGCACACACCUUCUCUCAUAGAUGACAAGCCAUUCAUGCCCUAUGUUGGCAAUGGGAAGUUGGGCAUUGGCGUGAUGGGAAACAAGCGUUUGCACAUCAAGGGGGCACGGGCGCUGUCCCUUGCUGUCGAGUUCUACCCUAUUGCCGAAUUCUCGCUGCAAGGAGGGGAGCAGAAAGAAGUCUAUAUAAUACAGUACAAAACAGGAUUGGUGUACAGGUAUCAAUGCAUUAAAAUACCACAGUCGUCUAUGUGUGUAACAGUUGACCACAUAUUUUACGCGCAUCGAACACGACCGUCUGUUCUUGUGCAUGAAGUCGAGCUGUAUAACCCCAUGGACUCUACUCUAACCGCCCUCACACAUUUGGUGGGGUCGGAACAGUGGAAGGCUGCAGCAACUAUAGUGCAGAGGUUUAAUGGUGGAGGCAGUGGUAGCUACCACGUGACAACCGGGCGUGCCACGAGUGAGGAUGGACAGGAGCUUAUGGUUGUUAUAGCUAGUAGUCGGCUAUCCCCUACUGUCAGCAUUGAACCCAAGAGUACCGUACGAUUUAAAUUCACGCACGUGGUUGAGUACGCGCCGUACCUGAGCCAGGACGGAGAGGUGCAGCAGCAGCAGAUGGAGAAGGCAGUGCGGGAUGAGAUGAACGCCGUACAGACGAUGACCGCGCAGCUGCUGCGCGACGAACACGUUAAAGUGUGGAGCACGCUGUGGCAGUCGGGAUUCAGCAUCAGCUGUUCGAUGGCGCCGAACUCCCUGAACGGCGACCGAAUCAACGCGACUAUGUACUAUGCGAUGAGCAACAGUAGAGCGCCGCUGCACGAACGACAGACGUCAGCGCAGGAGAAACAGAGACUGGAGAUGUUGCUGGUUGGACCUGAUCGCUGCUAUGAUGGACAUCACACGCUGCACACUUCAGACCUGAAACUGUGGGGAAGUUUGACAGAUGAAGCUGAUAUAGCACGGCUUUCGUCUGUCUGGUUCUUGACUCUGGACAAACAAGGUUGCCACCAGUUGCUGCAGGCAGGUGCAGAUGGUGUUAUCCAGGCCAUGGUGUUGAGUUAUGGAGGCCUCAAAUACACCAAUCAUCACUUGAGUUUCUGGACGCACCCAAGAGACUUGCAUCGCAACUACCAUUUUAGACGAAUUCUGUAUGGCAAUGGAACCCAUAUCAACAUAACAGUACAAGUCAGAGAGGAGGACAAUAAGGCUAUACUACUUGUUGCUCUGGAUCGCAAGGAUAAAACAUACUGGGCCUGUGAUGCCGGAUGUAUCGAUACGCCUGUAGAACUGAGCUCGGAUGCGAAAGCAGUUUCCCGUGAAGCUGACGGAGCCGGUGACGGCGAUCCUCUACAUCACGCCGACGGCAGCACGUAGACGACCUCAAGCACACGAUCCACGUGCGCGAGAUCGCAGAGGCUCCCGCGCACGAACACCACGUCAUCGCCCUGCACAAGCACGGCAGCC